UCCGAGUAAUCGGUAGUCCGUCUCAGAAGAGCGCAGUCCGAGUGGCCUAUUCUAGUUCGAGCGACGUCAAAUUCCGGCCGGAAAAAAUUCGGUGCAGUAACGAAAGUGCAAGCGCGAAAGUGUGAGUCAACGCUGCCUGCACAAUUUUCUACGUGACGUCAAUCGAACAUAACUCGCUUUCAAAUGUUCUGAAUUCGGGGUGUGAAAUGCGAGAAAUCGGACUUCCUCAUUUUUCGGAGUGAAUUUUAUUGACUCGCGGUGACGAUCAUUUCAAGAUUAAAAAAUUGAGAAAAAGAGAAAUUAUUAUUUACAGAGGUGUUAAAAUUUUGAUUUACCGAUUUGGAAUCAAUUGAGGAUAUCCGAAAGAUAUUGAUAAGUGAAAUUAAAAUAAAAUCGAUAUAAAUCGAUGAAAAAGUGAAGGCAGAAUUGGGAGCUUACCAGCGGAGUGAAAUCCAACAAGAAUCUAUGACGUGUUUUUUUUCAACCUGGAACUGAACCAUGAUACCCGAAUGAGCGAUAGAAGUUGUGCGAGUUUCAAUUCCUUGUGGACCUUUUAGUAGUUAAUAUUAUCGGUCAGUACUUUCGCUGUGACAUCCGAACACAAACCGUGUCUCAAAAUUUAUUGUGUUUAGGAAAGUAGACUACUUUGUUUUCUGUUUCGAAAUUUGACGACCUAAAAACGGAAGCGGUGAAAAGUGACUGUGUUUUAAUCGGCGAAGGAGGUGUUCUACUCGAUCUCACCGUGAAUUCUGGUCUUACAAGAUGAGGGUUCUAUUCCAUUUACCGAAAGUAAAUUAUUCUCUAUGGACGAGUAGGACUCGCACUUCUUCAUAUACAGCGCUCUGAGCAGGCACAGCGCAAAACCUGGCACGUGAGACAUCACGAACUCCCGAAUCUCCAAGAUACCCGCCGGUGACGACCCAAAUCACCACCCCUGAUCACGAUGGAAACCGCGGCGCAGAUCCGACGCUUCCUCACCCCCUCGAAACGCAGCUCCAAAUGCACGCCCAGGAAACCCUGUAGGACCUUUCACACGAACCACAGCCGGCACAAACUGAAAGACCGAGUCAUGGGGGUCCUCCAGUCAAACUUGUAUUAUAGGGUCGGGGUAGUUUUGUUCAUAGUGCUUAGUGCGAUCUCAGUCGAAAUGGUGUCCGCGUCGCAGGCGGACACCUACGGCGCGGACAGCGUGCUGUCGCGCCAACCGCGAUCAUCGCGGAACUCCGUCACCCGGACGAUCAGCAACAGGGAACCCUCGGCGUACGACAAUACGUCGGCGGCGUAUGUGGCCGACGAUAGGCGGAUCGGCGCCGGGCCGAUGUGCAGUUUGUGCGACUCGAGGGAGGAGCGGAUCAACUACACGCUGAACGCGCUCAAGGCGGAGAUCCUGGAGAAGCUCGGCUUGAAGCACCCGCCGAACACGACUGGGCUCAAGGUGCCCAAAAUCCCGCCGCUGAACAUGAUCCUGGAUGCCCACCGCGGCAACGCCCACAUGCAGACGCCCGGCAUGAUAGGUGACCAGCCCUUCAACUUCAGGAACUCGCCUUACAACUACGACGAGGACGACAACUAUUGGGUCAAGACCGAGAAGAUCAUCUUUCUCCCGGAACAGCUAAAACUGCGGCACACAUUCCGGGACAACGUUCUCCAGUUCAAAUUCUCGGAGAAAACAAUGAAGAACGACAUCGAGAAAGCAACCUUGUUCUUCUUCCUGAGGGGACUCGAAGAUUUUGAGGAGGAGCACGCAGUGAUGAUCAGUCUCUUCACUGUUACUAAAAAUGGAGGUGUCGGAGACAACCUGAGCCUCGUAUCAUCACAUCCGGAAUUUAAGAAAUCACGGAAAUCACUGGAGGGCGAGUGGCUCUCGAUGGACGUAACGGGCCUCGUGUCGCAGUGGUUCAAAAGCCCCCGAUCAAAUCAUGGAAUCAUCAUCCGCGCUGCGCCUGCCGAACCUAUGGAUCCCGCACCUAGCAAGCCCUUGAUCAACACAGAUAUCUCCGAUGAACACUACUUCCAGAUGCCGUAUUUGGAGGUUUACACGAAAGAGAAGGAGAAGCACAGGAAAAAGCGUGAUCUUGGCAUGACGUGCGACGAAAAAUCGAACGAUCCGAAGUGCUGUCGAUAUCCGCUCACCGUCGACUUUGAUAGUUUCGGAUGGGCUUUUGUCAUCGCCCCAAAAAGGUACGAGGCCUACUACUGCUCAGGGGAGUGUCCUUUCGUUUACCUGCCGACAUACCCACACACACACGUGCGUCAAAUGGCACAGCCGAAGCAAUCCCCAAGCUCGGCGCAGCACCACGGCCCGUGCUGCGCGGCCAAGAAGAUGUCACCGCUCUCCAUGCUCUACUUCGACGACUCCCAGUCCAUCAUCUUCGGCACCCUCCCCCACAUGGUAGUCGACAGGUGCGGCUGCCAGUAAGUGCAGCGCCCUCUGUGGCUCCAACUCUCAACAGUCUCUUAUUUUCCUCGCUCGUGUAAGAGCCAUCCAGAAACUAAAACCACGUUGUUUGCCUGCAAUUUGUUCUUGAGUACCUUCAUGCAGUGAGAAUGGGUGUUUGGUCAUGAAGGCCCAUGGGAUAACAAAAAUGUAGGUCGGACCCUGGGUAGAAACAAAGAGAUUCUCCAAUUGCGUAAAGGCGAAAGGUGGAAACUUUUGCUUUCGUGGAUUUCACUUCUUCUCACGGACAAAAUUACAUGAGAGCAACAGGCAUCACCCUGUUUUCGGCUGUUGAUCUACCUACUAGGUGGAUGAUGAGCUUCGGAUGACGUCACGAGGUAAAAAAAUUCGACAAACUUCGGUUUGUUUGCGAAAUCAACACAUUACGAAGCACCCACCUAGUAGGUCGAACAAUAGUUGAAUGUCGGAUUCCGGUCAAAAAAAGCUCCCACCAUUACCAAGAUACCAAUAGAGGGUCCCCUUUCUCUGACCCCAGUUAGGGUCGUAUUCAUAGUUGGUUCUGAAACAGCUUUUUUUCUUUGGAGGCCCCAUACGAUUUACCUUGCAUUUAAAGGCGGUUUAAAAGAGCUUUGAGAUCAUCAUGCGAGGAACAAUUUGGUCUUGCAUCUCAAAGAAUUGGUAACACAAGUAACUGCGCACUAAAAACUUUUUAGCGGGAGCUUAAGAUCAAAAUUGACUUUUUAAGGGUGCACCACAGGUAAAAAGUGCCAAAACUCGGAGAAAAUUACGUUUUUUUGGUUACAAAUUUCGCAAUAUAGGAGGGAUCCCUGCUCCCCCUCCCCUCGAAAAAAUUCUUGAUACAAUAAUGUUUACGUGCUCUUUCGACGAGGAAUGUGGGCCAAAAGAGACUGACAGAGUAAACGGGGGUUAACAAAAAAAAGACGACCCCUGUUUUUUUCAUCUAUUUGGAACUUCGACGUUAUUUUAAAUGCGUCCAAGGCACCUCUCAAAUUGAAAGGAGAAAUGUCUCCGACCAAUGACACAAGGUCAAAACAAAAAAAAAUUAAAAUUGUUGAAAGAAAAAUUUAAAAAAAUAUAAAAUAAUUCAAUCCGAGAGACGUAAAAGUUUGAUUAUAACAUAAAAAUGUUCAUGGAAAUAACUACUUAUUUGUCUUUGUUUAUAGGAGUAAGAUGUGAAAAUUGGUUCAAAACUAAGUUCAUAAGUAUUCACAUCGUAAACUUCCUUAAAAGAAACCAUUUUUAAAAAAUUCUGCAGCUCUAUACAUACAUAUAGAAAUGAGCCUACAAAUGAAAUUAUUUUUAUCGAGUGUCAAUGCUGAAAGCUGGCACGAUCUUAUCGCAAACUGAAUGCGAGUUGUGAAAGUAAAAAAAGUUCGAUGAAAUCUUUUUUAUACGAGAACCAAGGGACUGAUGUUAAUUGUCAUAAAAUCAGUACUUAAAAUUUUUAAGCGCUUUCUUUUGAAUCUCAAUAUUUUUUUAAGGAGGAGGGUACUAUUCUGUUUUGUCUCCGUUUCCACGAAUCAAUUUGUUCUUGUGUUUCUUUUCAUACAUUUUCAUGGCUUUAGAUUAGAGUGGUACAAAUCAAAAGCUUUAAAAGUACGUACCUUUUUUGUAAUAUUUUUUAUUCUAUUUUAUAGUCAGCACAUAGAAAAAAAGCCAUUAUUAAAGUUCCAUAAAAAAUGCAAAUCAACGAAAUAUUCAUCAGGACUAAUAUAAAUAGUCUUCAUCCUAUUGAAACGACGAAGGUGAUGGAACUCGAUAAAUUGUGAUAUGAUAGUCAAGUAUUCAAUUUUUUUUAAUUCGCGUAUAAAUUGAUAUGUUUUAGUAUUGUAGUCGUAAUCGGAUUAUGAAGGAGAUUAAAUACUUUUUAUCCUGAAAAUAUGACACACUCGCUUACGUUUUUAUACAUAAAAUAUCCCACACAAUUAUAUCGUUUGUAUACUUAGAAAGAUCAUGUUACAAGUACCUUAUAUUAAGUAUUAGUGUUUCUAUAAUUAGUUGUGAAGCUUGCAGUGCCGUAUGUGUAACUUUACUGCCACUGGAGGACAAUCAAUCAAAAUUUAGAAUAAUUAUGCGCUCGUUUGUGAAAUAUUGCAAUAACCCUCCAAGUAUUUGCUAAUACGCAAUGCCAUCAUGGUGAAAGUUGUACAAGUAGUAGAUAGAUCCGCGUAAGCACCUAAGGGAAGAACAAUGUUGAAGUCUUAUCAGUUCACAAUUCACAAACUUCAUGACUUAUACACCUUUCCACAGGAAAAUAUCACCUCGUUUUGCCCUUUUUUGGCAACGCUAGUGUGCAAGGUUGAUUACGUAAAAAUUUGAUGAGUCGAAUAGAUACAUACCUGUAUUAUUUUAGGAACUUAAGUUUGUCCGUACAAAGUAUUGAAACGCUUAGAGAAGUAAGUCAUUAUGUUGUAAAUGCAAAAGUUGUGAUUUCACGAAAUUUAUAGGUAGCGUUAGGAAUUUUGUUUCAAUAGUGUACAUUGUAAUCACGACUCACAUACAAUAAUGCGUCAAACUUUCCCUUGUCUAUCACUAAGUGUAACUACUCUUUUAUCAGUCCUCCUCUUCUGAAUAUAAGCUUUACUUUCUUUCAAGAACUUUUUUAAAAUUCCCGAUUUUUCUGUUUUGUGCAGCUGUUUUCCCAAGCGCCUCAUCUUUUAUCUUCUCAUUCAUGAUUUAAGUACGUUUCAUGACGGUACAGUUUUUUUUCCUUCUUUGAGAUUUCUUUCAUUUUAGGCGCGAGCAAAUUUUUCUCUCCGUGUUACAUUCCGUACCUAGUUGGUCGUGUGAUUUUGUAAAACAGGUGACUUAUAUUUACAAGCCUUAAAACACUUGUGAAACAAAUGUGUCUUAUUGAUAUGUAUAAAAUUUGUCAUUUUUUUCAUUUUUAUUUUUGUUAAAUACUGUAUACUAUUUACUUAUUAUUGUUCAUAAUAGAAUUAAGCAUUUGCAUCAUAUUAUAGCUAUAACUUCGGAAAA